CCUUAUUGCCCCGAGUGCACCAAAAUGGAGGAGACGCGUCAACUUGUCGGAAAGCGAGCCCGAGGUGUGGGAAAGUUGCGACCCAGUGUGGUCCUUUGUAACGAACUACAUAAAGACGGGGAGGGCGUGGGCGAAGUUGCGAGGAGGGAUCUCGUUGGAUGUUCCAAAGGCAAGGGGCGGAGCGGUGUGGAUGCUUUGCUUGUGGUUGGUACGAGUUUAAAGGUUCCAGGUGCCAAACGCAUGGUUCGUGAAUUCUCGAAGGCGGUACGCGCCCGAGGAUGCACUACGUCGAGGGAUACAGCG